AUGAUCCGUCGAAUACAGCCACGAUGCGACGCGAGCUUGAAUGGUUCAGUCUCCACCGUCGCAAUCCUGAUGAUGAAAUUCUCGACGGAUGUUGCGGUUCAUUCUCCUUGCACUUACUUCGUCCACCUCCUCACUCGCCGGCCGUUUUGCUCUGCGUCUCCGCCUGUACGCACUCUUCCGGCGGAAGAAUCUGACCAAUCGAGUGUUCCACACCGUAUACUCUCAAUUCUCUCCAAACCCAAUUGGCAAAAGUCUCCGUCUUUGAAAUCAAUGGUUCCGGCGAUAAGCCCUGCCCACGUCUCGUCACUGUUCUCACUCGAUCUAGAUCCCAAAACAGCUCUUGAUUUCUCGCAUUGGAUCUCACAGAAACCGAGAUUCAAGCACAGUGUCUAUUCUUUUGCAUCUCUUCUUACUCUUCUCACUAACCAUGGAUAUAUGGGUGUUGUGUUUAAGAUCAGGUUAAUGAUGAUAAAGAGCUGUGAUUCAGUGAGAGACGCGUUUUUUGUUUUGGAUUUCUGUAGGAAGAUGAGUAAAGAAGAAAGAUUUGAGCUCAAGUAUAAGCUUNCUAUUGGGUGUUACAACACAUUGUUGAAUUCGUUGGCUAGAUUUGGAUUGGUAGAUGAAAUGAAGCAACUUUUUAUGGAAAUGUUGGAGGAUGAGGUUUAUCCGAACAUUUACACGUAUAAUAAAAUGGUUAAUGGGUAUUGUAAGGUAGGGAAUGUGGUAGAGGCGAAGCAGUAUGUGAGUAAGAUAGUUGAGGCUGGAUUGGAUCCUGAUUUUUUCACGUAUACCUCUUUGAUUAUGGGUUAUUGUCAAAGGAAGGAUUUAGAUUCUGCUUUUAAGGUUUUUAAUGAGAUGCCAUUGAAGGGAUUCCGUAGAAAUGAGGUUGCAUACACUUACCUUAUACAUGGUCUUUGUGUAGCGAGGAGGAUCGAUGAAGCGAUUGGCUUGUUUGUGAAAAUGAAGGAUGACGACUGUUAUCCAACAGUUCGUACUUACACGGUGCUCAUAAAUGCUUUAUGUGGAUCAGAACGGAAGCCCGAAGCUCUUAACUUGCUAAAGGAGAUGUCAGAGAAAGGUAUUAAGCCGAAUAUUCACACGUAUACAGUGCUUAUUCAUAGUUCAUGCAGUGAAUGUAAGCUGGAUGAAGCUAGAGGGUUGCUAGAUGAUAUGCUGGAGAAAGGGUUAAUUCCAAAUGUAAUCACUUACAAUGCAUUGAUUGAUGGGUAUUGUAAGCAGGGGAUGGUUGAAGAUGCGCUAAAGGUUGUGGAGUUGAUGGAAUCACGUAACCUUAGUCCCAAUACACGCACUUACAAUGAAUUGAUACAUGGGUUUUGUAAGUGGAAUGUGCACAAAGCAAUGGGAGUGCUUAAUAAUAUGCUGGAGCGCAAAGUGGUUCUGAAUGUUGUCACUUACAAUUCAUUAAUCGAUGGGCAGUGUAGAUCUGGUAAUUUUGAUAGUGCAUAUAGAUUGCUUAGUUUGAUGAAUGAUAGAGGAUUAGUUCCAGAUCAGUGGACAUAUAAUAGUUUCAUAGAUUCUUUGUGUAAAAGCAAAAGAGUGGAAGAAGCCCGCGAACUAUUUGAUUCUCUCGAGCAGAAAGGUGUAAAUGCAAAUGUGGUGAUGUACACUGCAUUGAUUGAUGGUUACUGCAAGUCAGAUAAACUAGACGAAGCUCUUCUUAUGCUUGAGAAAAUGUUGAGUAAGAAUUGCUCGCCAAAUUCAUCUACUUUUAAUGCCCUGAUUCAUGGACUAUGUACACAUGGUAAAUUGAAAGAAGCAAAGUUGUUGGAGGAAAGAAUGGUGAAGAUGGGUCUACAGCGUACAGUUAAUACGGAUACAAUAUUGAUUCAUAGAUUGCUAAAGGAAGGGGAUUUUGAUGAUGCUCAUAGACGUUUUGACCAAAUGUCGAUCUCUGGAUCAAAGCCUGAUGCACAUACUUACACAACGUUUAUCCAAGCCUACUGUAGCCAAGGGAGACUGCCAGAAGCUGAGGAUAUGAUGGCGAAGAUGAAGGAAAAUGGUGUUUCCCCAGAUUCAGUCACUUAUUCCUCUCUGAUUAAAGGUUAUGGAGAUCUAGGGCAGACAGAUUCUGCAUUUGAUGUCCUCAAGCGUAUGCUUGAUGCUGGUUGUGAACCUUUCCAAUAUACGCUUUUGUCUCUGAUCAAACAUCUGCUAGAGAUGAAAUAUGGAAACGAGAAAGGCGGUGCAACAGAUCUCUGUCUGAUGUCUAAUAUAGAGUUUGAUAUUGUUGUUGAGCUUCUUGAGAAGAUGGUAAAACACGGUGUUACUCCCAACGCCAAAUCCUAUGAAAAGCUGAUACAAGGAAUCUGCGAAACUGGGAACCUCAGAGUUGUGGAAAAGCUGUUUGAUCACAUGCAACAAAAUGAAAAGAUAUCUCCGAGUGAGACGGUUUUCAAUGCUCUUCUUAGCUGUUGCUGCAGGUUGGAAAAGUACAAGGAGGCAGCAAAAGUUGUGGAUGAUAUGAUCCAUGUUGGUCACUUACCGCAACUAGAGUCUUGCAAAACCUUGGUAUGUGGGCUGUAUAAAAACGGAGAAAAAGAGACAGGGACUUUGGUUUUUCAGAAUUUGCUUCGAUGUGGUUAUAAUCAUGAUGAAAUAGCUUGGAAGGUCAUUAUCGAUGGUGUCGGGAAGCAGGGACUUGAAGAAGCAUUUUAUGAACUGUUCAACGUUAUGGAGAAAAGUGGCAGCAAGUUUAGCUCUUAUACAUAUUCACUGCUAGUUGAAGGACCUCCUGAUAGCACAUAG